AGAAAUUUCUUGCUGACGCUUAUAAAUCAGGAGUUCAUGAAGGUUUAGUAAGUGGAGUGGGUUUCGGCAUGGUUUUGUUCGUUAUGUUCUGCGGUUAUGGUUUGUCUGUAUGGUUUGGCGCAAAGAUGAUAAUGGAAAGAGGAUAUGGUGCUGGUGCGGUGGUCAAUGUGUUUGUUGCUGUGUUAAAUGCUUCCNUGUCUCUGGGUCAGGCAUCUCCUUCUAUGAACGCUUUUGCUGAAGGUCAAGCAGCAGCUUAUAAAAUGUUUCAGACAAUUGAGAGAAAGCCAAUGAUAGAUGCUUAUGACCCAAAUGGAAAAAACCUAGAGGAUAUUCAUGGUGAAAUCCAUUUGAGGAAUGUUUAUUUCAGCUAUCCAGCCAGACCUGAGGAGUUGAUAUUCAAUGGAUUCUCUCUUCAUAUAGCUAGUGGCACUACGGCAGCUUUAGUAGGACAAAGUGGAAGUGGGAAAUCUGCAGUUAUCAGUUUAAUUGAAAGAUUCUACGAUCCACAGGCUGGUGAAGUUCUUAUUGAUGGCACUAAUGUGAAAGAAUUAGAGCUCAGGUGGAUCAGAGGAAAAAUUGGCCUUGUCAGUCAGGAGCCAGUGUUAUUUGCAUCUAGCAUUAAGGAUAAUAUUGCGUAUGGAAAAGAUGGANCAACACUUGAAGAGAUAAGANGUGCAGCUGAACUUGCAAAUGCUGCUAAAUUCAUUGACAAACUGCCACAGGGAUUGGACACAAUGGUUGGUGAGAAUGGAACUCAAUUAUCCGGUGGACAGAAGCAGCGCAUUGCCAUUGCCAGAGCAAUCCUAAAAGAUCCAAGAAUUUUACUUUUAGAUGAAGCAACAAGUGCACUUGACGCAGAGUCAGAAAGAAUAGUGCAAGAAGCUCUAGACAGGAUCAUGGUCAACANAACUACUGUCAUUGUCGCACAUCNCCUGAGCACGGUGAGAAAGGCUGAUAUGAUUGCAGUAAUUCAUAGAGGGAAAAUGGUUGAAAAAGGAAGNCACGAAGAAUUAACCAAAGAUCCUGAGGGAGCAUACUCUCAACUGAUACGUUUACAAGAAGGAAACCAGGCAUCAGAAGAAACAAGAGACAGCCAAAACAAGAGGGAAAUUUCCUCAGAAUCCUUUAAAAAGUUGAGUCAAAGGCUGUCAUUUCGAAGAUCAGGGUCAUCUCUGGGUAACAGAAGCCGCCACUCUUUUUCUGUUUCAUUUGGUUUGCCUACAGCAAUUAGCAUCCCUGAUCCUGACCUUGAAAACUCACAGCCUCGAGAAAAAUCGCCAGAAAUUUCACUCUGGCGCCUUGUGUCCCUCGAUAAGUCAGAGAUCCCAGUGCUUCUGAUUGGAUGUGUAGCUGCAAUAGCAAAUUGUGUUAUAUAUCCAAUAUUUGGCGUAUUGCUCUCCAGAAUUAUCAAAACAUUUUUUAAACCUUUUCCAGAGAUGAAAAGUGAUUCCAAGUUUUGGGCACUCAUGUUUGUGAUCCUUGGAAUUGCAUCUUUAAUAGCAAUUCCAGCCAGAAGUUACUUUUUCUCUGUGGCGGGCAGUAAGUUAAUCCGACGAAUCAGGCUCAUUUGUUUUGAGAAGGUGAUAAACAUGGAAGUUGGGUGGUUUGAUGAGCCUGAGAACUCGAGUGGUGCAAUUGGUGCAAGGCUCUCAGCAGAUGCUGCAUCGGUGCGAGCCCUUGUUGGUGAUGCUCUAGAACUAUUGGUUCAAAAUAUAGCGACAGCAUUGACAGGUUUGAUUAUUGCUUUCGUUGCGAGCUGGCAAUUGGCGUUUAUUGUUCUUGUUUNGGUUCCCCUUGUUGGAAUGAAUGGCUAUAUCCAAAUGAAAUUCAUGAAGGGAUCCAGCACAGAUGCAAAGAUGAUGUAUGAGGAAGCAAGCCAAGUUGCUAAUGAUGCAGUUGGAAGCAUACGAACAGUAGCUUCUUUCUGUGCAGAGGAGAAAGUUAUGGAACUAUACAGGAAAAAAUGUGAAGGUCCCAUGAAAGCAGGGAUUCGACAAGGUUUGAUAAGUGGAACAAGUUAUGGUCUUUCAUUUUUCUUGUUCUUCAGUGUCUAUGCAACCAAUUUCUAUGCCGGAGCCAGACUUGUGGAAGCUGGCAAGGCAUCAUGGUUUUCUUUGCUUUAACUAUGUCAUCUGUUGGAAUUUCCCAAUCAAGCUCCCUCGCUCCUGAUUCUAACAAAGCCAAGAUAGCAACUGUUUCCAUAUUUAGAAUAAUUGACAGGAAAUCGAAGAUAGACCCUAGUGAUGAAGUUGGUAGCAGACUGGAUAGUGUAAAAGGAGAAAUACAUAUUCGUCAUGUAAGCUUUAGGUAUCCAGAUAUACAAAUUUUUUGAGACUUAAACUUGACCAUCCAUUCGGGAAAGGUAAAGUUUAAUGGAUGGUCAAGUUUAAUGAUACUAUUUGUUUGUUGUUAUGUUAAACUCAAUUUGGCUUCACCAAGCAUAUGAAAAUACCAAUGAGAUAUCAAGGAGGAGGUUCAUCGGAGAGACACAAUACCAAUGAGAUAUGGUCCAAUCAUAUAAGAGAUUGACACCACUCUGUAUCCAAAACCUUAAG